AGACUCAGCAUGCCUGAAUACCCCAAGAUAGAUUAUGUUCUCUUUGAUAUGGAUGGACUCAUGAUCGAUUCCGAAAGGAUCUACACACUCGUUACAAAUGAGAUACUUGGAAGGUACGGAAAAGAGAUGACAUGGGAGAUGAAAGCAGGGUGCAUGGGAAAACCGGAAAAGGAGGCUGCACUCCAUCUGCUGUCUUUCUUUCCAGAUAUACCUCUCGAUAUGGCGACGUAUCUAUCUGAACGAAACGCGCUCCAGGAUAAAUUGUGGCCCACAGUUCCCCUUUUACCCGGCGUUCGCAAGCUCGUCCUUCACCUCCAGAAGCACAACUUACCCAUUGCGAUUGCCACUGGCUCACGACGGAGGAAUUUUGAAAUGAAAACCCAGCAUUUACAGGAUGUUUUUGGAUGCUUUGGAGAGAAGAUUAUCUGCGGCGACGAUUCACAACGGAUCAAGGGUAAACCCGCUCCCGAUAUUUUCCUUGUCGCUGCGAAGGAGCUGUUGGGCCGUGACGUUGGUUUCCCUGAUGUACAACCUACUUCCGAGCAGCAGGAUGUACGCAGAAGGGGUCUUGUUUUUGAGGAUGGGUUGCCAGGGAUGCAGGCAGCAAAACGAGCGGGAAUGUCAGUUGUUUGGGUCCCAGAUUCCAAUCUCCUCGAUGUCAAUUACUCGGGAGUCGAAACAGCUGAUCAAAUCCUCAAAUCGUUGGAGGAGUUCGUGCCAGAGGUGUGGGGACUGCCGCCUUAUUGA